AUGUUUUAGUGAAGCACCUAAAACGCGGAAGUAAAGCGCCGCUGUUGUGUUUAUGUUUUCGUUCUACCACUUUUCGAGUAAUAGACUAAACUAGAAGAGUAUGGCGGUGAGCGCGGUUCACCUGGAGUCAGACGCCUUCCUGGUGUGCAUGAAUCACGCCCUGAGCACAGAGAAAGAGGAGGUAAUGGGUCUGUGUAUUGGAGAGGUGGAGGUAACCCGCAUCGUCCACAUCCACUCAGUCAUCAUCCUCCGCCGCUCGGACAAGAGGAAGGACCGGGUGGAGAUCUCUCCGGAGCAGCUGUCUGCGGCUUCGACAGAAGCGGAGAGGCUGGCAGACAUCACCGGCAGACCGAUGCGGGUGGUGGGCUGGUACCACUCCCACCCACACAUCACCGUUUGGCCCUCACAUGUUGACGUGAGGACCCAGGCCAUGUACCAGAUGCUCGACCAGUGCUUCGUGGGCCUUAUCUUUUCCUGCUUCAUCGAGGAUAAAAACACCAAAACAGGCCGGGUCCUAUACACCUGUUUCCAGUCCGCGCAGGCGCAGAAAGGCUCCGAGUACGAGCGAGUGGAGAUCCCAAUUCACGUCGUACCUCGUGAAGCCAUAGGUAAAGUGUGCCUGGAGUCCGCUGUUGAGCUUCCUCGGAUCCUGUGCCAGGAGGAGCAGGACACCUACCGUAAAAUCCACAGCCUGGCACACCUGGACCCUGUGACAAAGAUCCACAACGGCUCGGUGUUCACUAAGAACCUGUGCAGCCAGAUGUCUGCAGUGAGUGGUCCGCUGCUGCAGUGGCUCGAGGACCGACUUGAGCAGAACAAGCAGAGCAUCGUAGAGCUGCAGCGGGAGAAGGAGAGGCUGCUGCAGGAGCUGGCUGCUCUGUGAGCCCGAGGACACAGACUAUUGACAGACUGCUGAAAAAGACCACCUGUUUUGAAAUGACAACUCUUAGAACUGUUCAAAGCCUGAUGUAUCAGUGUUUGAUACAGUAUAUUAUACAUUAUAAUCUCUGUUCUUGUUGAAGCUAUUCCAGAAAUCACAGCUGAAUGUAAUAUAAGUGCACAAAGUUUUAUACAGCAUUGUGUGAAAAGAUGAGCAUUACUCCUGCAAUAAAUCUGCCAAACUUUGUUAUUGAAUCAUUUCAUCAAGAUGUUGAUUAAUCCACUCUUCAUAACAGUUUUGAGCAGCUACAUUCAAUUUUAUCUUUUGUUGUUUUAAUUAAAAUAAGUUCCUAUAUUGUGCUCUUAAGUAUCAAAAACCAUCAAAUCAGUCACAUUACUGUGUUUACUGUACUACAGUGCCUGUAAGUAUUCACCUC